ACAUGGGUUACCAGACACCAAAUUAAGUGGUACAAUCCGCCAUGCCAGACACCAGCGACUGGAGGUCCGAAAAUCUGAAAAGCAGAAGAAGCAAGCCACUUCUGCAUUACUAGAUUUGUCAAACACAGAAAAUCUUAUUGACACACAAGCAGAAGAGUCACAACCCCAUGCUGAGACACACAGUAUUUGUAUAAGGAAAAUAGCUUCCCUACGGAUUGAAAAUCAGCAGCUGUAUGAAGAACUGGGGAGGCUUCAGGCUGAGAAUUGUAUUUUGAAAGAAAACCCGAGUCGGCUGAGCUUCGAGGAGCAGACAAUUUCAAGCGACCGUAGAAUUCAGUUCUACACAGGUGUAACAUCAAAAGCGCUGUUUAUGUGGCUGUUGUCAUUUUGCUCUUUGGCAUUGCCUUCGUGUAAAGUUUUAUCACCAACAUGUGUUUUGAUGUGCUUAAUUAUGAAACUGAGAUUAAAUCUGCAGCACCAGGACUUGGCAUAUCGAUUUAAUGUGUCUGUCACCACAAUCUCAGAAAUGCUUAAUCAGGGGCUGCCAAAGUUAGCAGAGAAACUUGCCUUUCUUAUUCAGUGGCCAGACAAAGACAGUCUAAAACGCAAUAUGCCAAAUAUUAUUAAAAUAACAUAUCCAAAAUGUGUUAGUAUUAUCGACUGUUUUGAAGUUUUUAUUCAGAGACCUGGACCACUUACAGCAAGGGCCCAAACAUGGUCAAAUUACAAACACAACAAUACCAUUAAAUUUCUUGUGUCUAUAACUCCAACAGGAGCAAUUUCUUAUGUAUCCAGGGCAUUUGGAGGUAGGACAUCUGAUACAGUUAUUACUCAGAGAAGUGGUUAUUUGGACAAAUUAGAAUAUGGCGAUGAAGUUUUGGCAGAUAGAGGAUUUUUGAUAGCAGAGGACUUGGCAAAUCGUAAUGCGACUCUGGUAAUACCAGCCUUCACCAGAGGAAAGUCGCAGCUUAGUGCUCGGGAAGUUGAGCAGACCAGAAAAAUUGCUAAUGUACGCAUACAUGUGGAAAGAGCCAUUGAAAGACUGAAAAACUGGAACAUUCUGAGUAGUAGUAUGAGUAUGCACAUGGUUCCCCAUUCAGACAGCAUAGUCACCAUUUGUUCAGCUCUAUGUAAUUUACAACCAAAACUUGUUUCUUAGAUUUUUGAACUUGUAUUUUGCUUCAAAAUGGUACAUACAUAAUUCUGUCUUUUAUUUUGUAACAUGUCCACGAUUAAAUUAUCGGGGAUUCUAUAAUUAUAUAAUAUGGAAGUGAAUUUCAAUAACAGGCUAGUAAUUAAGUACUGUGGCCAUGCCCCAUUGCUUGUAAAAAAAAAAAACUGAUUUUUUUAAAAUUCUAGAAGCCCUGAUAGUGUAUUUAAUAACUUUAUUGGUGUUUAUUACACUAAUCAUCAGCUAACAGUAGCUAUAUCCAUUUUAUUGUUUCAAAAUACAUACUUUAUAAAUACAAUUUAAGGCCACCAAUUUCACAAUUUUUGUUCAAUUUCUGAACAUUGUUCAUGACUAUGAACAGUUAUUUAUUUGUCACAGCUAGCACAAAACCAUUUUCCUCUAGGCUUCCUGCGAAUGUUCACACACUUGUAGUGAAACCACUGAUAUGGGCAGUCUUCAUUGUCGCACUUGAUCAUUCGACCAUAUUCUACUUCAGCACAAAUGCACCAUGUUUGAUCACUGUUAUCUUCUUUAUGGGUAGAAGUAACUACUGGCUGGUUUUCCAGUUUUCCAGAUAUGUGACCUCGUUUGAUUAUACUACAGCGUUCUUCUCACUUGAAAUUAUGAUCGGUGUCUAUACAUCAAACGAAAUAUAAUAUUAAACCACUGUUCAUUAAACUAGUGCUUAAA